AUGCAGCUCCGCAUAACCAAAUGUAGCGAGUAUGGGAGACAUUUUCCGGAGUUUCGUCGACUAUUUUUCGCACAUGCAACGUUGGAGUUUGAUCGACUUUUUUUGGUAGAGCAGGAUUUUCCGCACAACGAAAACAAGAUCUGCAACAGGAAGUUUUCUGGUCUGGCACGUAGAAUUACGUACGAUAUUAGCAUUCCAACGAGACUAUCGGUGCUUAUUCGAACUGUUUGGACAACCUGAGGGAAACUCCGAACGACAAACACUCAGUACACAGCUGCCGCAUUCAACAUCGGUUAAUGCCGUGGUUCAAACAACAAGUGAUUUUGAUACCAACGGGCUGCUGCAGUACAAAAACGACACAUAAAUGGCAACAAAGCGAAAGCCAAUUCACACACCGUCGAGCGGAGCAAAUGCCAGCCGUCCACAGAUGAACUUCCGGCAGGGUGUGAACGAUACAACGGCGCGAAGUGAAGCCAAAGGAACCCGGCCGACGGCAACGCCUACCUCGAUCAAGGAAGUGCUUACCAUGAUGGUGCUGCACGUCUGCAAAAAGAUCAUCUUCUUCGAUACCGGCCUGAAGGUGGCUUUGUACUUGGGCUCUUUGUUCCUCGUGUCGCUGAUUGGCGACUUCAUACCGUACCCGAAGACGUAUCUAGCUCGAACGGACAACCUGUUCAAUGUGUACUUUGUUAAGCUGGGCUGGGCCUGGACCAUGCUGUUUACCUUCCCGUAUCUGGCCAUGACCUCCGUGACGCUGUGUUGCGGUGACAAUCAGCGCCUGCUGCGCAAUCACUUGCCGCGGCUCGGCAUAGCGACGGUGUUUUGGUUCGUGUGGACCAAACUGUUCAACAUCAUCGAAUCAAGCUACGGCCGGUGUAGCGUGCGGGGCUUCGACUCGAAAACACCCUGCCUAAAGGCGGGUCACUUUUGGAACGGAUUCGACAUAUCAGGUCAUGCAUUCAUCCUCAUCUACUCCAGCUUGAUCCUAAUGGAGGAAGCACGACCCAUCAUUGGUUGGGAGAGCAUCAAGGAUUUGCUACGCAACGAGGAGCACAACCGCGCUAGCAACGACACAACGCAAACCUCUAAUCCGCUCAAGAGCCUGAAGGAGGAAGAUUUAAAAGCGUUAAAGUAUUUCUACACACGCUUCACACCCACCAUCCGGCUGCUGUUUGUCGGCAUGACUAUGCUGCAGUUACUGUGGGACGUUAUGCUCGUCGGUACGAUGCUCUAUCACCACCGGAUGGUGGAGAAGGUGCUAAGCGGCAUCAUUGCCGUCAUUACGUGGUUUGUCACGUACCGGGCAUGGUAUCCCGUUGCGACCACGUUACCCGAUCCGGUGGGCAAAGGCAUGUUCAACUAUCAGUCCGCAAAACCUGAAAUUAGUGGCCUUCGGCGAAGGGCGAGCCUUUUGCAACCUGGAACAUCUUCGUCUGCCGCCGGUGCAGGUGGAAGCAGCAGUAGCAGCAGCAAAGAUAUUCCCAAGUUCAUGGGAAUGCCGCUGUACGCUGCACGGCAACCGUACAACAGCAGUGGACCGGGAGGAGCGACAUCGCCCCUCGAAUCUUCGCCAGGCGGCCAACAAGGAGCAGCGUUUGUAAGUAGCAGUCAACAUCUGUACGGAUCACGGGUGGGUACCGGCGGUGGCCUUAGCAGUAGCUCCAGUAACUAUAGUAACCCUGACUAUAACCAUCCGUCGUACGCUCGCUAUCGUAGUCGCUUUGAACGUUUCGAAUCGUAGUGUGCGUGUAGUGCUUCGGGAGAACACGUGGAUGCAUCCUGUGUGUAGCGUAAUUUGUGAAUGUUGUGAACGUUCGUCGUCUAAAACCAUUAAUUUUGUAUACUGUAAAUUACUAAAUCUUUUACAAAAAUUAAAUUUCGUUUGUUCGCAAAUGUUGUGCAUGGCGAAAAAUGUUUGGUGAAGGAAAACGAAAGGACAACCAGAAUGUGUACUGUGUUCGUUCGAGGGGCAAAUAGAGGAAACGGCAGAAGCAGAUCGCAUGGAAAGUGAUUUUUAAAAUUGGUGCGUGGUGUC